GGAUGCCAAAUGUGUUACUUGAAAGAAAAAAUUCAGAUUAUUUCACUAUCUAGAGAAUUUCAGAAAUAAAGAUUGAGACAUAGGUGUUUUUAAAAGAGUUAUUUUAAAUAACAUGUUUUAUGGUAUUUGUCGAAUUACUGGUAUAGAACGCAUCUAUUAUAAUUUUAGGUGUACCUAUGACGUGUAUAAAUGAUAUGUGAGUUGCACCAAUUAAAUGGGUCAUACAUAUUUGGAUCAAAACAAAAAAAGGGUCAUACAUAUAAGCCGCUACAUUAGGUAUACGUACAUGAGGCCUUUACAGUAUAGGUGAUCUCAGGUGUGCCAUAGAUUAGGAAUAUUGUCGCUGUAGAUGGUUUAUUGAUAUGUCAACUUUGACCACAAUAAGCUUCAGCUAUAGAUCUUUUGCGUGCAUGAUCAAGUCAAAAUGGAUAGACUUAGGUGUCCUAAAAAAACCUAUGUUUUUUCUUGUACUAUUGAAAUUUUGUCUUUCGAUUAACUAUUAUGCACCUAUUAAUAUAAAUUUUAAUAAUUACAUCCAAUAAUGUAUCACCAUGUACAUAACAAUCAAUUAACAUUUUUUUACGCCUAAAAACCGUCUUUUUUAAUAUCACCUCAAGUAAAAACUACUUGACUCAUUCCUUGAAACCAACCCCCCUAAAGUUUAGUAAUCCAUGAUUUACCAUUUCAUUUUUGUUGCUAACUUUUUAUUCUUUGAUCAAGUUGUUUCAUUAACUUUUAUUUUCUACUUCUCCCUAUAAAAUAAAUUGCUCUAUCUUUAAUAUUAUUUACUCCUUUUUUUAAUAGUUUACAAUAUUCUAUGUUAAAAUCUUCACCCUUUUGAAAAUAAUGUACUCAAUUUUGACAUUUAGUUGUCUUAUUGUUUGAAGAACAUUUUAUAGAAAAUAUGGUGAGAUAAGAUAGUUUUACCCUCCAUAUAAUUUCCGAUAGUAUUAAAAUUUAGAAUCAAAUUUUUAUAUAUUUAAAUAUAUAUAUAUACAAAUUUGAACACCCUGACAUACAGUUGGUUGGUUGGUAAUAAGAUUUGGUCAAAAGGGUCUUUGGCCGUUUUGAUUCAUUCUACGUGCUAAGCACAAUUUCAUUUCUUUUAACUUACCAGUCAUAAUAACACAAGAGAUCAUGAUUUCACAUCAAUAAUAAGCAAAAACUGGUCAAUAGGAUUGCUAGAUGUCAUGUUUUUAGGAUUUGCACAUCUUCAACUUAAGGCCUGCAAUUCUAAAAAAUUUGAUGUGUAUAUAAUGUGUUAUGGACUACAAACUUUUUUGAUUUUUUAGAAAAAUGGCAUUACCAAACAUGUCUUAAAAGUGCCAUUGAUUUGAGUUUAUUCAUUUCUUUGUUUGUCCAACAUAGCUUACCAAUUAUAUUGCAAAAACUGCUAUUAAUGUGGUUUCCUCAUAAACCAAACCAGGGAAUCAAUCAGCCUUGCUGUGUUGCGCCAUUGACGUCGUUUAAGCCUGUGGAGAAGGCUGAAACUUCUGAGAUGAGCUAUCCAUCAUCAGAAGAUGAUUCAUAUGAAUCAAAAAGAAUAAGUCCUGACUCGGGAUCCAAAACUAGCAUGGACUCAGGCCAAACUUCACCUCAAGAACUAGGCUCAACAGAUGCAACAUCAAAGGCUAAACCCACAAUGCCUGCCUUAAGCAAGCCACCGGACCAUAAAAAACAACUAGACCCCGUAUGGAAGCCAGGGUCCAAUAACCCAAUGGGUGGGACUCAACGUCCCUUACCCAAUCCUAGGCCGGUCCCAAAUCACGAGGCAAUAGUUCAACGACGAGAAGGAAUGAACAACAACAAUGGAAGCAGCCGAAGUGACAGCAUAGAGAGCACAAGUAGUGCACCCUUUAAGCCUCAUACAGGAGGGGAUAUAAGAUGGGAUGCUAUAAAUGUGGUAAAUGCAAGAGAGGCUCCUUUAGGACUUAGUCAUUUUAAACUCCUUAAAAGACUUGGUUAUGGAGAUAUUGGUAGUGUGUAUCUUGUUGAGUUAAGAGGGACUAACACCCACUUCGCUAUGAAAGUUAUGGACAAGGCAUCACUCGCUAGUAGGAACAAGUUGCUUCGAGCACAAACUGAGAGGGAGAUUCUUGGCUUGCUUGAUCAUCCUUUCUUACCUACUUUAUACUCGCAUUUUGAGACUGAUAAAUUUUACUGCUUGGUCAUGGAAUUCUGUAGUGGUGGUAAUCUUCAUUCUCUUAGACAGAAGCAAUGUAACAAGUUCUUCACUGAGGAAGCUGCCCGAUUUUACGCAUCAGAAGUACUCUUAGCAUUGGAGUACCUACACAUGCUUGGCAUUGUGUACAGAGACCUAAAGCCAGAGAAUGUGCUAGUGAGAGAUGAAGGCCACAUCAUGCUCUCAGAUUUUGAUCUCUCCCUCCGAUGUUCAGUCAACCCAACUCUAGUCAAGUCUUCCUCGGCCCAUGUACCUAACAAUGCUGGUGGAGGCGGUGGUGGGAUCCUUGAUGAGGAAAUGGCAGUGCAGGGGUGCAUGCAACCAUCAAGCUUCUUCCCACGCAUCCUCCCCAGCAAAAAGAAUCGAAAAUCCAAAUCAGAUUUUGGGCUUUUUGUAAAUGGAUCCCUCCCCGAGCUGAUGGCAGAGCCCACCAAUGUUCGGUCCAUGUCCUUUGUCGGAACCCAUGAGUAUCUUGCACCUGAAAUAAUCCGUGGUGAGGGGCAUGGUAGUGCUGUAGACUGGUGGACCUUUGGAAUUUUCCUAUAUGAGCUCCUGCAUGGUACCACCCCUUUCAAAGGACAAGGAAACCGGGCUACCCUAUUCAAUGUUGUCGGGCAGCCUUUGAGGUUCCCGGACAAUCCAAAUGUCAGCAUGGUGGCACGCGAUCUCAUACGUGGGCUUUUGAUUAAGGAGCCUCAUAAGAGGAUUGCUUACAAAAGAGGUGCUACUGAAAUCAAGCAACACCCCUUUUUUGAAGGGGUGAAUUGGGCACUUGUUAGAAGUGCUGCCCCUCCUCAUCUUCCUGAUCCUGUAGAUUUUUCCCGGUUUGCUAGUAAGGAAGCGCCUCCCCCUUGCAUGGACAAGAAAGUCCCUGAAAGUUCUACAGGGAGUGACAACCAGAGCAAUUCCAAUGAUUCGACAUACAUUGAUUUCGAGUAUUUCUGAUAAACCAUACAUACACUAAAAGAAAUA